AUGGCCGGUGAGCUACCCCGAGAAGCCUCCACUGGGCUUCCCCGCACUUUUGCUAGUUGUUUUCGCAAAGCACCGGAUGAUAUUUCUUCUCAGUCGUCGCUAAUCAAGCUAGUUUCCUUCAUUAAUGGAGCACGAAUCCUUGAAUAUGAAGAUGAUGAAUACGAGCAUUUGAUUGCUCCUCAUCAAAUGAGUUUGGUUGGCAAGUUUGCAUAUGGGAGACCAAAAAUAGAGGAUAUACAUAAAGAAUUCAAGAAAAUUGGGUUCAAUGGAGCAUACACUUUAGGGUUGAUGAACCCUAGGCACGUUUUGAUUCGAUAUGGACGCGAAGAUGACUAUCAACGUUGUUGGAUGCGAACGUUUUGGAAUGUAACCGGCUUUUCCAUGAGAAUUCUCAAGUGGAAACCAGGUUUCAAGUUUGAAGAGGAUCCGCCAAUAGUACCAAUUUGGGGUUCGCUUUGCAAUCUCCCGAUUGAAUUCUUAAACCCGAAGUGCUUCAAGAUUGGUCACAAAGUAGAGGAUUGCAAGAAAGGUUUGUCAUUGAAGAAAGAGAGGAAGGGCAAACAACAAUCGGAGGAACAUGGAACGAAGCAAUUGAAACCCGCACAGCCAUCGCAAGUUGUACCCUUGCGCGCUAGGGUUUCGGAAAAGCCACUGGAGAAUGUGCAUAAGGAACGAGAUACUGCUGUAGUUGGCUCGUUGUCACGUUUGACGGAGAAGGAGAAGGCAGCUACAGUUGUUGAUGUUCGCGACUCCCCCCCAAAGGCAAGCUCACUCCCAAAGUCGCAACAAGGGAGCAUCACGGAAACCCUAGUCGUAGGCUGCGGAACUCAGGCCUGCGGAAUCCCUAACUCCGCAAGCUGCAAUGCUAGUUUGGAUGAUGCAGCACCAUCUCCAUCUCAGCCAGAAUUGCUUGGAAUCUCUGUCGAUGGACAAGACCCUCCUCCAGUAGUAACGCUCCAAGUCCCUUCCCAACAGGCGUUGCUACAAUUGGAGAACAUGGAAGGUCCCUUGUGUAUUGGACACUCUUCGAAUGAUGGAACUGUUGGUGUUAACUCAGAUUUCUUGGAGUCUGAUAUUGGAAAUCAUGCCUGCUGGUCGGAAGGGGAUAUGGAGAAUGUACUUGUUAAUGAUAGAGACAAGGGUUUAUUUCAUGAAGAUGUCAAGCACAUGAUCGCAUUUAGACAACUCCACUCUUUGGCCCCUUGGAUGAUUGGAAGCGACUUUAAUGUCAUUCGCACCUUGGAUGAAUAUUCAGGAUCUUUGAUUCAAGACUUGGCAGCCAUCUCAGAAUUUAAUGAAUGCAUUCAUAAAUGCGACCUUGAAGAUAAUCAGGCGAUUGGUGAAGAGUUUACAUGGGGCGGGGGCGGGGGGGUACUCGCCAAACGGGAUGGCUCUGAUCACUGCCCAAAGCUCCAUUUGUUUGAUAUCCAAUUGGCUAGUAAAUCGAGAGUUUUUGGGUUUCAAAAAAUGUGGUCAAGGAGGCCGGAUUUCCUUGCCAUAGUUAAACACAAUCGAGACUUGCCAUUGGAAGCUUUUGGUAUGUUGAGGUUCUCACUCAAGCUGCAACGGUUGAAAGCUAAAUUAAACGAGUGGAAUAAAGAAACCUUUGGUGAUGUUUUUGCUAAUUUAAAGGCGGCUGAGAAGAAAGUCCAAAAUCUUGAAGGAGUAUAUGAUACAACAGGUGCAAUUCAAGAUAGGGUGCGGUUGAAUGCUGCCAAGGCCGAGUUGCUCAUGACGAUCAAGGAACAUGAUGACUUUUGGUCUCAAAAAAUAAAACUGAAUAUUGAACAAGAGGCAGUUACUUUCUUCUCGGCCUUGUUGAAUGACAAUGAUAUUGAUCCGCUUUGUGAUGAAAAGCAAGAUAUGUUUGUUGACCAUAUUCCGCGUCUUCUUGAUAAUGAUGAUGAGAAUGAAGCAAUGACAAGACGCCUUAAGGCUCUAGUUGCGCAAGGUAGGGUGGCUGCCUAUGGUACUUCGGUUGGUUCCUUGCCAGUUACUCAUCUCGCCUUUGCGGAUGAUGUGAUCAUUUUCUCAAGGGGUCUAAAGAGAUCAUUGAAGGAAUUUAAUGGUUUUCUAAUGGACUAUGAGAUUGCUUCGGGUCAAAAGGUGAGUCGGCCAAAGAGCUCUUUUAUGGUAGCAGAGAAUUGCAAAGCAAGAAGGGUGGUUAUAAUUCAAAGGGAGCUUAGCAUUCAGCGUGGAACAUUUCCUUUUUCUUACCUUGGCUACAAAUUAUAUCUUGGUCGAAGGACAGCAUCCACUUUCCAAUUCUUAUUGGAUCAUCUUGAUCGAAGACUCCUUAGUUGGAAAAACAAGAUGCUUAGUCAAGGAGGGCACUUGGGGUUGAUCAAACAUGUUUUAUCAUCCAUUCCAGUCCAUGUGUUCUUGGCCCUCCCUCCUCCAUGGUCGGUCAUUCUAGAGAUUGAAAAAAGGUGCCAAAAAUUUCUUUGGCGGGGAAUGAAUGAAGAGUCUCAACAUAAUUGGAGAUCGUUGAAUAGAAUUACUUUCCCAGUUAAUGAAAAUGGCUUGGGGAUUCAUGGUUUUCAGGAGUUCAUUGAUGCCUUGACUAUCAAAUUUUGGUGGAAAAUGAAGAACAAAACCGGAAUAUGGAGUAGGUUUCUCCUCUCAUUAUCUACUACAUCUAAAAACAAGACUUUUUGGAAGAGAAUUUCUAAAGUGGAGAAUAGGGCUGUUGUGCAUACAAAAGUCAUUGUUCCUAGAGGAGACCGCUCUUUUUGGUUUGAUAAUUGGUCGCCCCAUGGAGUUCUUUGGGACAUUCAAGGACUGGAACCACCUUUACCGGACCUAAGCAUUCGGGAAUUUUUCCAAAACCGGCAGCAUUACCUCCCAUUAUUGCAGCCAUCUCUUUCUGAUGAGAUCCUUCACUUCCUUAUGGUUCACGACCAAGUCCUUAUGAGGAGUAUGACCUCCUUGUUUGGCAGCAUACACCUACAGGAGUCUUUUCGGUUAAAUCCGCCUACGAAGCUUUGA